UCCGCUUCCAGUUUGCGGUGCGGCGCUGACGGAACAGCGGAGACGUCCGGCUCGCGGCUCGCGGCGCUCGCGGCUGGGUUCGAGCCAUGAGCUUUUGUAACUCCAGGCUUUCUUGGCAAAUAAAGAUUAAAUUUAAUGCCCGCAAGUCACUUGGGAUCAGACGCAACCCAGACGAGGACAAAUGAAAAUGCAUGGAUGGAUUUUGGUUGACAUAAAAUCUCACUAAAUUAUGGAGCGGGGAUCCUGCCCCCGGCGGGUCGCGUCCAGGCGUCCGGGCCACGCGAGUCCGACCCCUCCCUCCAGAAGUUACGGGACCACCUCGGCGCUCCUCAGCUACAUUCUCACUCCGCCGCAGGUCAACUCCAUCCUCAAGGCCAACGAGUACAGCUUCAAGGUGCCCGAGUUUGAUGGCAAGAACUUGUCGUCCGUGAUGGGCUUCGACAGCAAUCAGCUGCCGGCGAACGCCCCGAUUGAAGACCGCCGCAGCGCCGCCACCUGCCUGCAGACGAGAGGGACGCUGUUGGGGGUGUUCGACGGCCACGCCGGAUGCGCUUGUGCGCAGGCGCUCAGCGAGAGGCUCUUCUACUACAUCGCGGUGUCCCUGUUGCCGCACGACACCCUGUGCGAGCUGGAGGCGGCGGUGGAGGCGGGCCGGGCGCUCAGUCCCGUCCUGCAGUGGCAAAAGCACCCCAACGACUACUUCAGCAGGGAGGCGCAGACGCUCUACUUCAACAGCCUCCGCACGUACUGGCAGGAGCUCAUCGAUCUCACCAAUCCCGGUGACGUCCCGGACACCAGCGAGGCUCUGACGAACGCCUUCAAGAGGCUGGACAAUGACAUUUCUCUGGAGGCUCAGGUGGGAGACCCAAAUGCUUUCCUGCACUACUGGGUUCUGAGAGUGGCCUUCUCGGGAGCGACGGCGUGCGUGGCGCACAUCGAUGGAGCCGACCUGUACAUUGCCAAUGCCGGGGACGCCCGGGCGGUGCUCGGGGUGCAGGAGGAGGACGGCUCCUUUACCGCCCACACGCUCUCGAACGACCACUGCGCCCAGAACGAGGACGAGGUGGCCCGGAUUCGGGGGGAGCACCCGCCCUCGGAGAGGAAGACGGUCAUACGGCAGGACCGCCUGCUGGGCCUGCUCAUGCCCUUCCGGGCGUUCGGCGACGUCAAGUUCAAGUGGAGCAUCGAGCUGCAGAAGCGAGUGCUGGAGUCGGGUCCCGACCAGCUGCACGAGAACGAGCACACCAAGUUCAUACCGCCCAACUACCACACGCCGCCGUACCUGACGGCCGAGCCCGAGAUCACCUACCACCGACUCAGGCCGCAGGAUCGCUUCCUGGUGAUCGGUUCCGACGGCCUCUGGGAGACCCUCCACAGGCAGGAAGUGGUCCGCAUCGUGGGCGAGUACCUGACCGGCGUGCACCGGCGGCAGCCGCUGACGGUGGGGGGCUUCAGGGUCACCCUGGGACAGAUGCAGGGGCUGCUGGAGGAGCGCAAGGCCCGCGCGUCCUCGGCCUUCGAGGACCAGAACGCCGCCACCCACCUGAUGCGGCACGCCGUGGGCAACAACGAGUUCGGCACGGUGGACCACGAGAGGCUCUCCAAGAUGCUGUCGCUGCCCGAGGAGCUGGCCCGCAUGUACCGCGACGACAUCACCAUCAUCGUCUCGCAGUUCAACCCGCACGUGGUCGGGGCGCGGCGCCAGGAAGCGUAAAACGAACGCACGCACGCACACACACACGCACUCCCUUGUUUUCAUAUCGUUUAUCGUUAAAGAACAGUAUGGUGGGGUUUGGGGGGGGGGGGCACGCUGGUUUUCAAUAGGUUUAAAAGCCUGCGUUUAAAGUCCUAUUUUAAAAACGUUAGUGAUGAUUUCAAGUUUUAGGCAUUUUUAUCGAAGGCAAUCUUUAUUGACGGAGCAAAUGGUGACGGCCCACUCAAGUUUUAUUUUUAUUUUUACUGCAAAAUGCAUAACAGGAAAGACAUAAACACAAUUCCAUUUGCACGUGCUGCCCUUUAAAUGAUCCCAACUGGUGAAUUACGCUCAUCUUCAUACAAUUUCAAUCACGGCGAUGGUGUGCAAAAUCCAAAUUCGGACCUAUUCAUUCAUAUCUCGGAAAUGACUUUGCUGUCUGCUGUUGUGUGAAAGCAAAAUGGCCGCCGCCGCUUUAUCCUGACGCUUGUAAGCGCUCAGGUCCCUCUGGUGUAUUGCAACAUCAUCCUGAGGCUGAGAUUAAGUGACAAAUGAGCAUUUAUUUAAAAAAAAAAAUGCAUUUUUGAUCAUUUUCAAAAGGAAAUUUGGUGGGCCGUGUCUUUACCAUUAUUGCUCAAAUUCUAUGAAAAUGCCUCUUCCACUUUUUAUUACCUGACUUUAUUUUCUGAUCGGUUUAUAGGGGGCGGGGGCAUGUUUCUACACAGGAAAGAUGAGCCUCCUUUUGUGGUCGCCGACGGUAACGUUGUGCGAUUCUGACGCGAGACGCCGUUACGCGUACAAGUCUUCUUUGGCGCCAAAAGAUCCUGAACUGCGACGAACACAAGAAAGAAAACCCAAAAAAGCAGAAAUGACAGUGGGGGAAAAAAGCCAAGUCAGUCAACGCGAGCUUGAGGCGUGGGAGAAAGAAAAUAUCAAACGUUACCUCCACGUUAUUCUUCCGAAGGAAUUUCGUUUUGCAAACCCUUCGCGUUUUAGCAACACUCCAUGAAUUUUGACUCCCGCUUUAUUCUUUCGUGUGUACAUUUUAGCCAAAGGUCGUGAACGUGUUCUUUGUCGGUGUGACGGUCUGAGCGCUCCCCCGUGCUGAAAAGUCCCCUUGUGAUUAAUGCGCACGUGUUACUAAACAGGGGAACUUUGGGUACGGACUCAGAGUUCCCCUUCUUCUACGCGAGCUUUUUUUAAGAAGAAAAACGAAAAAAUGUCGGUAGGUUGGAACUAAUUGGCUUAAAAAAUGGAAGGAGGAUAUCCGAAAUUAAUAUGCAUAGGGAAGUGAAGGUAAACAAGGCCAUUGAGUCAUAAAUAACAUCUUUAUCGAAAGAAUUACAAAAAGCAAAAGCAAGCCAACUAAAGUGUGUGCUUUGUAACCUAAUUUGUGGUUUGCUUGGGACGUUGGACGUUGGACGCUUGGUCUCGCAUCUUCGGAAGGAAGGAGCGUGCGCUUCUUCUCCCGGCUCAGUCUCUCUCUCGCCUCACCUUCAAACAAAAGUUGAUAAAAAAGGGAUACGCAUAUAUGUACGUUCGCUGGUUUUGCCUUUAUCAGACAUCCAUAGCGAACAUGAACGCUCGACGACAAGUUGUCGAAUGACACAUGUUUCAGGCAGGCCGGACGUUUAACAAAAUAUACGCGCAUUGAUAUACACGCAUGUGCAUUACUCACAAGGAGGCUUCAGCACCGGCAGCGCUCGGACCGCCACACCCGGGUCGAGAUGCCAGACGCUCGGCUUUUUGCCUUCCACUCAUCCCUCUUCGAAGUGCAGUACAAAAGCAGAAUGUACACUUUUGCAGAAACUCCUUGAAUAUUUAUUCCACGUUAUGUUACAAGUUAUUUGUGGUGUCUGUACAAAUGAUCAAAUUGCUCCUAUUUUGUAAACGGCAAGAAUAAAUAGUCAAAGUGUG